AUGAGAAGAGGGGGUAAGCACCAACAGAACCGUAGGAAGCCUUAUGAUACUCCAACUAGUAAAAGCAAACAAAAGGUUGCUAAGGGUAACAGGACUAGUGGAGGAUACGCUCCUGCUGGUAUUGUAUGUUUCACAUGUGGGAAACCAGGUCAUAAAAAUAAUGCAUGUACUCAAUAUAUAAAGAGGUGUUUCCGUUGUGGUAAAGUCGGACAUGAAAUAGCUGAUUGUGCUACACAUUGUUUUAUUGUUGCUAAAUGUGUGAAAAAAUUGUGUCUUGUGUUGUCUUCGAUGAAUGGAGAGAUGAUCGUUGAUAUUCCAGCUAAGGGAUCGGUGACUAUUUCUCUAGUUUGUUCGAAUUGUCCUUUGUCGGUUUUAGAGAGAGACUUUGUUGUUGAUUUGGUUUCUUUGCCAUUGAGUGGAUUGGAUGUGAUCUUGGGUAUGAACUGGUUGGAAUAUAACUAUGUUCGUAUUAAUUGUUAUAACAAAUUUGUGCGGUUUUCUACUCCUGGAAAGGAGGAGAAAACUGGUUUAUUAUCUGCUAGACAAUUGCGGGAAUUGUGCAAAAGGAAGCACAUGUCUUUUCGUUGA